GAUAAAAGAGAUUAAAUAAAAAAAUACUUGUUCAGCAAGUCUCCUCGUAGUUUCCUCUUAUGAACUGCCUUAGUUAAAAAAUCAUCUUAGACAUGGAGUUAAACUUUGAAGGAAAACGUGCUUUAGUUACGGGAGCGAGUAGAGGCAUCGGAAGAGGAAUUGCAAUAAAGUUGAAUAAACUUGGAGUGAAUGUUGUAGCUAUAAGCAAAUCACAAUCUAAUCUGGAAGCAUUAAAGCGUGAGGUUCCUUCUAUAGAAAUUGUUGCCGUUGAUUUAUCUGACUGGAAUGAAACAUCCAAAGUAAUUUCACAACUUGGCACUUUUCAUUAUUUAGUAAAUUCCGCUGGAAAUUUAAUUUUGGAACCAUUAGGCAAUAUUACAGCUGCCUCUUUUGAGAAAUUAUUCGACGUUAAUGUGAAAGCUGUAUUAAAUGUCACACAAAUAGUCGCAAAUGAGAUGAAAAAAUCGGGAAUAGGGGGUUCGAUUGUUAAUAUCUCCAGUGUGGUUGGUAACGUUGCCUUUCCAGGAUUAUCCGUAUAUCCAUCAACCAAAGGAGCUCUUAAUCAAUUGACAAAAACUAUGGCUAUUGAAUACGGUCCACACAAUAUACGUGUGAAUGCUGUUGCUCCUUGUCUGACUGAUACAGACAUGGCUCGAGAUUCCGGUCUAUUAGAUACCAGCAAACCUGCCAUUCAGACUGUACUGAAUAGGAUUCCUUUACAAAGAUUCGCAGAAGUAAACGAUAUAGUAGAUCCAGUAAUAUUUUUGUUGAGCGACAUGGCGAGAUAUAUCACUGGUUCCAUAUUAAAUGUAGAUGGAGGAUAUACCGCGUAAUAAUUAUUAAUUAAUACAGAAAUCAAGAAGAGCAAACUUUAAUAAUUAGUGCAUUUACAAGUACUGUAUA